GUUUUGAAAAUAACAAAUAAAAAUUCGAAUUUCAAAAUGAAAUUAGUGGGAAUUUUUGUAUUCAGUUUUGCCUUUCUAAUGCUGGUCAGUGUUAAGGCCUCGGAAGUUGAAGAAAGUCUAAAUCAAUUAGAACACAUUUCUCCAGGAUUAGCUGAUGUUUAUAGAGAUGCCAAUGAGGGAACAGUUUUGAAUAGACAGAAACGUUUAACCUGCUCCAUUGAUCGUUCUUUGUGUACAGGACAUUGUAUACUAAGAGGAUACAAACGUGGUUUGUGUACACAGCAAAAAAUUUGUGUAUUUCAGCAAAUUAGCAGCAUGAAAUACAUUUGGAUUUUUAUUCUCUACUUAGCUGUUGCAUCAAUAGCUUAUGCAGAAUCGGCGGCAAAUGGAAAUUUGAAGAAUUCUCAAGCUGACUUCGAAUUAAGUAGAGAAAAACGUUUUACGUGUAAUAACUACGCCUGCCGAACAAAUUGCAUUAUACGAGGAUUUAAAAGAGGCUCUUGUGUCCGUGUUAAAAUAUGCAAAUGUCGUCGUUAAUAUUUGAAAAAUAAUAAAUCAUAAAUUGUUUUUUUAUA